GCCUGGGAAUGGGAUGUGAUGGCCCAGAGCAUCCCUGCUGGCACAAGGACCAAGGGCUCUGCUUCCUCUCCAUUCCUGGAAACUUUGGCCCAGCUGCAGGAGAGCCGUGGGAGGGGAUGGCGCCAUGAAGGGAACCAGUCUGGACUGGUUGUUAUUUGGGGUGGAGUGGAGAAUGCCGAGUGCUGGAGAAAGCAGGAUGAGAAGCAAUGCUGGUGACAGGUGAGAGCCCUGGCUCAGCAAGCACCUGGCAGGAGCAGAGCAGGGAUGGCAGUGCCAGCCUGAUGGAGGCUCAGUGGGAGUAAAGCUGGGGAUGGAAGGGUCAGCUUGCCCAGGGGUUUGGAGGAAAUGGGCAGGAGAUGGCCAGAGCUGCCAUGCUCAGUGAGAAGGCUGUGCUGUCCCGAGCUCACCAAAGAGGCUCUGGAGUGAUCCCUGGCUUAAGUCAAUAUCCCAUGGCUGGGGAGUAAGUGGCUCUUUAAGCCUCGGCAGCAUGGUCUAGCUGGUGGCUCCAUGUGGCAGGAGGGAAAAAUGUGGGUGAUGGGGAAAUGAGGUUCAUCCAGCACUCCUGCCAGCUGGGGACCCUGGCACAGCUGCAGGGCCUGAGGGGGCUGCCAUGGCCCCCAGUGGCUCUGGCACAGGCAGAUCUAACUCCUGGGGGAUGCUGGAGCCCCCUGCCUGCCUGGGGCAGUGCUGGAGUGAAGAGCCCGGUGGGAGUGUGGGCAGAGCCCUCAGGGUGAGCGCAGCACAGGGGGAUGUCCCUGCUUGUUCCUCCCCUUUGCUGCAGGUGAACAUCAAGCUGUGGUCUCCCCGUGGGCUCCCCAGUGUCACCUGCAUGUCCCCCUUUCCCACCAAGGCCUGGAGGGCACCCGAGCAGCGUGCUGGCUGCCGCUGGCUGCAGGCAGCGCAGGAAGAUGUUGAGUGUGUCCAAGGGAGGGGAGCUGUCCAUGGGCAUCACUGGUGCAGCUCAGUGCCCACAGUCCCUGUGCCAGCUGUCAUGGGCUGGAGUCCCUGGAGCCCUGCCUGGCCAGGGGAUCUCUCCACAGUGGUCUCCCAACUCAGCUGGCUGCACUCCUGACACUCUGGCCGUGGGAUCCCACCUCUGGCAGUUGAUGCCCUCUGUGCCAUGUCCUGGCUCCUGUGGGCAGGAUGAGCAUUGCUGUGGGGCUGAGGGGGCUGGAGGUGCCUGUGCCAUGGGGCUUCUGGCUUCUUACCCCUGCCAGCCUUUCCUCUGCCUGCACCUACACAGGGAUGCUGCCAUGGCCAUUCCCUGUGCCACCCCUUUCCUUCUCAGCCAGGUUCCUGGGAUCUGGCUGCCAUGCCCAGGUGUUCCCCGUCCUAAAGGGCUUUUGAAGAUGCGGCUCUUCCACCAAGAUCUGGUUUAGGCUUUGCAGGGCUGGAGUGUCAGACUCCUUUCUCUGCUGGCUCUGCCUUCGCAGCUCCAGGAUGCUCCAGCUCUUUUGCACACCCAGCACAGCAGCACGGCUCUAGCCCCCAAAGAAUCAGGUCUGGGGCCAGGGUGGGUGGUCCUGGGCUGUGUGUGCCGUGCUGGGAGGGGGUUCCAGUUCCCCCCGUGGUAGCAAAAGCCAAAGCCAGUGAUGUUGUGGCAGGGAGUCCCAGUGCUGGCAGCCGUGCAGGGAUCCCUGGCAGCUGGGCACAUCGUGGCCGUAUUUCCUCGCUCUGCUCCAGGAGUAAUUGCUCAGAUGGGGACGUGGGGCAACUCCCAUCCCUCUCCCGGCAUGGUAAUGAGUGAAGAAGAACUCAAAGACAAAUGGCUCAUUAAGAAGCAGUGCUGCAUUGCAGGAUUUUUCAUCCCACCAACCGCUGCAUCAGCAGAGGCAGCACCUCUCGCGCUCGCUCUCCCAGCCCUGGAGAAGGAGCUGUCAGGCAGCUGGGGCUGGUGCCAAAAUUAAUCAUGUGCUUAAUAACGUGCCCAGCCCGUUGAACAGCCUGUCCUCAGCCUCCCAGUGUGUGGAGCAGGGCUGCCAUGCUGGACUGGAGCCCCGGGGCACUGUGGAUUUGGGUUUGGUGCCUGGGAAGUGCCCAUGCUCAGGAAGAAAGGAUGUGCCAGGGCACGGCUGAGCCAGGGGAGAUACCCCCAGCCUCGGGGUCCCAGAGUCCCCCAGUUAUGUCAGGGCACCAGGGUUCCCCAGAUUUGUUGGGGUGCUAGAGCCCCCCGCCCUGUUGAGGUCCCAGCCAGUUGUGCUGGCUUCUGUGGCCGUCUCUGUGGCCGUCUCUGUGGCCUCGGUAAACACUUCCUGCUCCACUCACAUCUCCAAUUCCUAAGCUUUUGUUCAUUUGUCAUGACUUUUUAAAAAUCUUGCCUCAUCCCUUUUUUCCGGCGGUGCCCAGUUGGAUCCUACCCCUCACAGCCCUCUGCAGGCAGUGCCUGCCUGCAGCUGCUCUGCUUUCUUUUAGUAACAGUAAUUUGUUUUGAUUUCCUGAUUGCAGCCAGUGUAUUUGCUGUGAUCUUAGCAUCCUGCUCACACUGUUUUCCUCUUCUCCUUUUCCUCUUUCCCUUUUGUUUUUUCCACUUCCCCCUUUUCUCUUUCCUUCUCCUCUUUUAUAUCCCCUUUACUUUCCUAUUCCCUUUCCCUUUCUUCACCUUUCCCCUUUCCCCUUUCUGUGCUAAAUUAGGUGAUCUCUUACUAAGCCACUCUUUUAUUUUCCUCCAGGCUGAGUAAAUGUUACUAAUUCAACCUCAUAAAAUAACAGAACAAUUAGUAAUAAAAUAAAAUGUUUGCUUUCCACAAUCCUUCUCUCUUACAAUGAGUGGGGAAAGAGUAAAUAGAUUAAAAGCAUGGUGGAAACGACCUGGCAGUAUUCCAUAUUUAUUUUCUUCCAACGACCGUAGAUCAAAUUUGUUCAGCCCCUAAGUGGGAAAACCACUUUAUUUUAUUUUUUUCCCCGGCUCCAGCUCGCGCGCAGUGCCGGGCGCUCACGCUGUGUGUUUGUUCUCUCCCGCUUUCAUCCCGAGCCAUAAAGGUCCCCAGCAGGACCCAAGCUGGCAGAACCUUGCAUUAAUUUGCAGAGCAGUUCGGGCCGAGCUCGCGCCUCUUGCAGGCUGGAAGCUGGAAAAAAGUCCCUUUGGUGAGGCUGGAAAGCCGGGGUGGCGGGAGGAGGUUUUGUGGAGCAAGUGGCCAGAUCCAGAGCAAAUGAAAGUCGAUGGUGAGGUGGCCGCUGGGCCAGCUCUGCACCUGCUGGCAGGGAAUUGCAUAAAAAGAUGGGACUGGGGAUGGUUUUGGGGCUAAACUGGGUGAAACACGUGGCUGUGGCUGUGCAGAGCUGUCCCCGCUGCCGUGCUGGUGUGGGGUGGUCUCAGGGGAGGAUGGAAGGCUGGGCUGAUAAAAAUACAGGGGGAGGUGUCUCAGGCUGGUUUUGGGGAGGAACACCCUUGCUCUGGCUUCACCCCACUCCUGUUCCUCCCCCAGAGCCUGCUGCCCCAGGGAUUCCCAGUGUGGAGGAGCUGCUGCUGGUGGGGCCAUGAGGACAGCAUCCCCCUGAGUGCUGGGUGUCUCCGUGGUCAAAUCCCCACGUGCCACAUGGAACAUCCCACGGUCACCUUUCCCUUCAGCCAGUCUGGGAGACAUGCUGCCCACAGCACCCUGCCCAAAUACGACAAGAGCGUUAGCCAUGCCUAUUAAUUAGCCGAGAUACUGUGGAGAGUAAGUAAUUUCCUCAUUAACAGUCAAACCAAAGACAGGACCUUUGAGGGAGAGUAAGGCACACAAACCUCCAUGGGUGCAGGCAGUUCUGUCAGCUGGCACGGGCAUUGCCUGGCUGGAUGCCGUCCAUCCUCCUGCUUCGGCCUGGGGCUGCCCUCACACAGCACCUCUACUCCUGGCUCCCCGCCAAGAGGGCUUGCAGGGCAGGAGAACCCUGGAUCAUGGGUCACCAUCCACAGUUCCGUGUGGGGCUGGAUGAUGGGGCUCACAUCAGAGCGUGGCCCCCCCGUGCCCCGCGGCAGCUCAUUAGUGGCGCUGUGAAUCACAACGGCUGAAAAACUCAGCCAGAGCUGCUUUCUAAUGGAGAAACACUUCAUAAUAUUUGGUGUUGGAGAAGAAAACAAGGAUCUGCUGAUAGCAGCGUAUCCUCCCUCACCGUCUGCAGGCCCUGCUGCCUGCAUGGCUGCUGGCAGCACCUUCUCCUUCCCACUGCCCCCUCCGAGCACCUGAGCUGGGGCUAACCCCAGGUGCCUGGCCCAGGCACUGUGCUCCUAUCACCACAUGGAAAGCCAGGAUUCUGGUGCUUCACAAGGCCUCAACCAGGGCUGAAUCUUGCCCUGGAAGCUUCUCAGCCUUCUUAGCUUGUUCCUGUGAAGGAGUCCAAAUGUUCUGGUGGUGGUGGGGGUGCAGAGGGGGUCUUGACACUGUGCCUGUCCCUGUCCUCACAGAUGAGCCCGCAGGGGCAUCCCUGCAAGAUGCCGAGGCUAUGGGGUGGGUGCUGAAAUAAUGAAGGGCUACCAUGGGGAGCGUAGCCAGACACAGCCCUCCUCCGGCCACCGCUGCCGCUGCAUCCCAGAGAACUGCGAGCAUUCUGCCGACUACAUCCUGCACGGCCCCGAGGGCCAGCCGCCGUACCUGCUCAGCCCCAGCGAGCCGUGUUCUCUGGAGCAUCCCUACUGCCCGGCACGGAGCCCCGGCGUGGCCAGCGAGUGCCCGGGCAGGCCCCUGAGCGAGCCGCCCUCUGCCAGCGCCAGCAGCACCUUCCCAAGGAUGCAUCACGCGCAGCAGCCCUACGACUCCUGCGACGAAUGCAUGGCGACCGCCCACCCUGCCAGCAAGAUCAACCGCCUGCCCCCCACGCUGCUGGACCAGUUCGAGAAGCAGCUGCCGCUGCACCACGACGGCUUCCACACACUGCAGUACCCCCGGGCUGGCGGCGCCGAGCCCCGAAGUGAGAGCCCCAGCCGCAUCCGCCACCUCGUCCACUCCGUCCAGAAGCUCUUUGCCAAGUCCCACUCCUUGGAGGCGCCGGCCAAGCGGGACUACAACGGUGCCAAGAUGGACGGCCGCGGGGACGGCUACCACCACCACCACCACCACCACCACCAUCACCACCACCACCACCAGUCCCGCCAUGGCAAGCGUAGCAAGAGCAAGGACCGUAAGGUGGACUCCCGGCACCGGUCCAAGAUGUUGGGCUGGUGGAGCUCCGACGACAACCUGGACAGCGACAGCAGCUACAUGGUGUCCGGCCGGAACGCCACCGACCAGGGCACCCAGUACUGCGUGGACGCUCCUGAAAGUGCCUUCAGAGACUUGACCUUGAAGAGUCUAAAGGGCGGUGGAGAAGGAAAAUGCCUGGCCUGUGCCGGCAUGUCCAUGUCUCUGGAUGGCCAGACGCUCAAGAGGAGUGCCUGGCAUACCAUGACCGUCAGCCAGGCCCGUGAAGCCUAUCCCAGCGCUGGUGGCACCGAGAAGACCUUGAUGCUUCAGGAAGCAAAGGCCAAAGACCGGGCGUACCAGUACCUGCAGGUGCCGCAGGACGAGUGGAGUGGGUACCCGGUGGGCAAGGACGGGGAGAUCCCGUGCCGGCGGAUGCGCAGUGGCAGCUACAUCAAGGCCAUGGGUGACGAGGACAGCGCCGACUCGGACAUCAGCGCCAAAGUGUUGUCCAGGGCAGCCACGCGGCGAGACAGCUACCGCCGCUCCUCCAGUGCUGACCAGGCCAGGACCAAGUUUUCAAGUAGGCACUAUUCUGAUUCAUAUAUCUGUAACUGUCCCAGCUGCUGCACACCACCACGAAUGCUCCCGCGGGGACAGAGCUACGGGCGUUCCUUCACCACUGGCCAGAUCAACGAUGAGCUCAACCACCAGUUUGAGGCCGUCUGCGAGUCGGUCUUCGGUGAGGUGGAGUCGCAGGCUGUGGAGGCGCUGGACCUGCCCGGCUGCUUCCGCAUGCGGAGCCACAGCUACCUGCGGGCCAUCCAGGCAGGCUGCUCCCAGGAUGACGACUGUCUCUCACUCUUCUCCAUGUCGGCCCCUCCUGGGCCACCCAUCACCAGCAGCAUCCUGAAGCCCAGCACUUCCUUCAGUUACAGAAAAGCUCCACCUCCCAUCCCUCCAGGAACCAAAGCCAAACCUCUCAUCUCCGUCACGGCGCAGAGCAGCACCGAGUCCACCCAUGAGAGCUACCUGCCCAGCGAGGUCACCCGCAGCCCUGCCUGGUCCAAAGAUGCCACGGCCCGCUGCAACUCAGCUGAGAGCCUGGAGAGCUCCAAGGUGACUGCUGUGGCCCUCGACCUGCCCCCGGUCCAGCCCCAUGCUGCUCCCAAGCCCUCCACGCUCAUCAUCAAGGCCAUCCCAGGUCGGGAGGAGCUGCGAAGCUUGGCUCGGCAGCGGAAGUGGCGUCCCUCCAUCGGCGUCCAGGUUGAGGCCGUCUCUGACUCGGAUACAGAGAGCCGGAGCCAGAGGGAGUUCCAUUCCAUUGGGGUGCAGGUGGAGGAGGACAAAAGGCGAGCGCGUUUCAAGCGCUCCAACAGCGUGACAGCGGGCGUGCAGGCGGACCUGGAGCUCGAGGGCUUCACCGGCCUGGCUGUGGCCACCGAGGACAAAGCCCUGCAGUUCGGGCGGCCCUUCCAGCGGCACUCCUCGGAGCCCGAGUCGGGCCGGCAGUAUGCCGUGUACAAGACGGUGCACACGCAGGGGCAGUGGGCGUACCGCGAGGAUUACCAGCUGCAGUACGACACGGUGGAGGUGCCCCGGCGGGACGCUUGGAUAGAGCGGGGCUCCCGCAGCCUCCCUGACUCUGGCCGCGCCUCCCCGUGCCACCGGGACGGGGAGUGGUUCAUCAAACUGCUGCAGGCAGAGGUGGAGAAGAUGGAGGGCUGGUGCCAGCAGAUGGAGAGGGAAGCGGAGGACUAUGACCUGCCCGAGGAGAUCCUGGAGAAGAUUCGGAGCGCGGUGGGCAGUGCCCAGCUCCUCAUGUCCCAGAAGGUGCAGCAGUUCUACCGCCUCUGCCAGCAGAACAUGGAUCCCAACGCAUUCCCUGUGCCCACUUUCCAAGAUCUGGCUGGCUUCUGGGACCUCCUGCAGCUCUCCAUUGAGGAUGUCAGCAUGAAGUUUGGGGAGCUUCAGCAGCUCAAGGCCAAUGGGUGGAAGAUCAUGGAGCCCAAGGAGGAGAAGAAGGUGCCUCCCCCGAUACCAAAGAAGCCGCCCCGCUCCAAGGUGCACCCGGUGAAGGAGCGCUCCCUGGACUCGGUGGACCGGCAGCGGCAGGAGGCCCGCAAGCGGCUCCUGGCAGCCAAGCGAGCCGCCUCCUUCCGCCAGAGCUCAGCCACUGAGAGCGCGGACAGCAUCGAGAUCUACAUCCCCGAGGCGCAGACCCGGCUGUGACCGCAGCCUCCGCUUUUCUACCCGGACUGGACGGCGCGGCCGUAGCUCACUGUGAUGAGGGGCCGCGGGGACACCCUGGGGCAGCUCUUGGCCCCACUCACAGCUUCUCUCUUUUCUAUCUUAGCCCUUUCGUGGAUCCAACGGCGGGUGAACGCAAAGCCCGGUUCUGCCCCGUCCCCUUGCCCCCCGCCCGCAUGCCCCUGCCAGCCUCUCCUGGGGUCCAGGGCUCUCCCUCCCUCUGCCCUCCCUGGGGCUGUGUCCCAGCUUUCUGUCCCCUUCCCACUCCCCAGCCCUUCUGCACACCCGCCUCUGCAUCCCAACCCAAAGAGAGGUGACCUUCGGCACCCAGCCCUGCUGGGCUGGAGGGGAGGGGGCUGCAGGCAGGCCCCCCCCGCCUCUCUGUACUCAGUGCAAUCCCCUGGUGUGUGGUGGGGACAAGCCCCCAGCCCUGCCCAGCCACAGCCCCCAGCCCUGCCCUGCUGGCACAAGGCUUUGAGAUGUGGUGGGGACAAAGGGGUCCCCCUCGCUGCUCCCUCCGCCUGCGGCUCAGGUGCCAUGGGGACCCAGGGCUCCCUCCCCUGUAUACAUAUAUAAAUAUAACCAAGGAAUAAACCAGAAACUACACGUGACCAGCGCUGUGUCCUGCCUGGAGUUCGGACCAGAGCAGCAGAUGCCCCCGGUCACGGCGAGCCGCCCUGCUUCCCUCGCACGGAACAUCGCCACACGCUUCUCUCCUUCCCGCUCAGCCCUCCUUCCCCUCCGUCCAUCCCUCAUCUGUCUGUCCUUCCCUCCUGCCAGCCUGGAGUCCAGGAGCACCUUUGCAAUGUGACAGGGACAGGCCAUAGUCCCGCCGUGCCUUGUUGCAGGUGGGAGAUGCUUCCCCAGCGAGCCUGUUCCCACCUGCAGUGACAAGGAGCACACCUGUGCUUGGCACCAGUGGGUGGGACAGGAGUGUGAACAUGGCCAGCAGCUGCUCCUUGAGUGUGGAGCUAGAGACCCCCCCCAGGGGGUCACCCUUUCCCCCGAGCUUCUGGAGCCCUGCGGGAUGGGACCCCAGGAUAGGGCUGUCAUGUACCUGAUGCCUCUCAGGGCCAAGGGACACCCUGGGGUGUGGCUGUUCCCAGCUCCCCCAUCACUGUGCACAGAGCCGGGAGCAGGGUGGAGGGUCCCCUCCAGGGCAGAUCAGCGUGGUGGGACAGGAGGCUGCAUCUGCCUCAUCCCUGUUCUUAACCCCGUUCUCCAAGCAUCCUGUCAAGAAAAGUGUCACUUUUGGUGUCAGAGUGGGGAGGAGCCCACCCCCAUCCCUCACUCUGCCAUGCCAGCAGCCCCAUGCAGCAUCACCAGCCACCCUCCAGGGCAGGGCCAGUGGGUGCCAGGAAGCUCCUGAAAUCCGGGGCCAAACCUUGCCCAGGCCCUCAGGCAGGGUGAUGGGAUCAGAGGAAGCUGGGGGACGCCUCGCUGGGGUCCCUCGCUCCUGGGGGUCCAUCGGUGCUAAACACCUCCAUGACGGCAGCACCCACUCAGCCACCCAAAGCCCUUCCCCACCCCACUCCCCCUGCACCCUGGAUUUAGGGAUGUGCCUGGGAAGGGCCCCCGGCCCCCACCCCGGCCAGCGCCGUGCAGUGACCGUGACACGUGGCUCCCUUUUUAUUGUAACGAACUGUCGCAAUUAAUAAAGAUGACUUUGGUUACUCCCGGCCAGCGGCCAGUUCCCUGCGGGGACAUGGCUGGCACCGGGCUCGCCUUUCA